ACUGGCGCGCGGGCGGACAGGCCGGCUGGGAGGAGGGCUGGAGGUGAGGGCGCGGGGGCACGGAGCCCCGCGAGCAGCAACCUGAGCGUUUUGAGAUGAUCCUGGGGUUUCUCUCCGCCCUAUCUUUCAAGCGCCUCCCGAGGCCAGGCCUGGGAAUGCAGCACGGAUUGAGAGACUCAGCCUCCCUUCAGGGGUGUACGGUUUAGUGAGGAUACAACUGGCAGGCCCCUGGGUCACUCGAGUUGUGACAAGGGCUAAAAAGCGCGUAUUACAGGGACCUAGGCCCGCGGCUCUGGCACGCUCCUGAAUGGACUCUUAACGGCGAGUUGAAGGGAGGGAGGCGUGAGUCAGGGGAACUACGUGUCCGAGAGGGCAUGUGGGAGAAAGCUUUGUGACCAGAAGCUGAGAAAGCCAUUGCGGUAUCAGAAAGAGGCUGCCCAGGGAGACGUGCGCUGGAAAACAAGAGGGAGGAAGGGCCCAUCAAUAAGAGACUGGAAUUCCAUGAAGGGAGUGGGGCUUUUAUUAUAAGAGCAAUGGGAGUACAAGGUAUAGUUUACAAUUUGAAAGGAUCACUUUUACAACGGGAUGGAGGUUAGAUGAUAGGAGGGCAGGAAUUGUUAGGAGGCCACAGCUAUAGAUAACAGAUGGUGCCGGUGGCAAUGGGUAUGGGAGAGAAGCGGAUCGGCCAAAAUGACACUUAAGAGGUGAAACCGGCAAGACUAUAAAUAGAUACGGAAUUCCAGUGGUAUCCAUAGGUAUCCAACGAUGGUUCUAAGUUUCUGGCCUAAGUGAGUAAUUCGUAUAAAACAAAAACUUGAGAUUUGCUAGGGGUCCUUGUACCCUAAGUCUAAAGACAAAAACCACAGAAAGGAUUUUUCCUCCCUGAUUAUAUGUAUUCAUAUUUUGUGUGCUCACUGUAGAAAAUUCAGAACAUACAAAAACAUUUUAUACAGGACAAUAAAAAUUACCUAUAAUCCUACUACUCAAGAUGGUCAUAUUUUGUAGAAUCCUGCUAAUCUAUGAAAUGCACUUAACACAUCAGCUGGACCUAUUUCCUGAAUGCAGGGUGACCCUUCUGUUAUUUAAAGGGGUAAAAAAUUCUGGAGACUUGAGAAAAAAGGCCAUGGACGGUGCUAUUGAUGGUUCCUUAAUAAACCCUACAUUGAUUGUUGAUCCAUUUCAGAUACUUGUGGCAGCCAACAAAGCAGUUCACCUCUACAAACUGGGAAAAAUGAAGACAAGAACUCUGUCUACUGAAGUUAUUUUCAACCUUUCCCCAAAUAACAAUAUUUCAGAGGCACUGAAAAAAUUUGGUAUAUCAGCAAAUGACACUUCAAUUCUAAUUGUUUACAUUGAAGAGGGAGAAAAACAAAUAAAUCGGGAAGACCUGAUAUCUCAGGUAGAAGGUCAUCAAGUAUCUCUGAAAAAUCUUCCUGAAAUAACAAACAUCACAGAAGUCAAAAAGAUAUAUAAGCUGUCUUCACAAGAAGAAAAUAUUGGGACAUUAUUGGAUGAUGUCAUUUGUAGAAUGUCAACAAAAGAUGUUUUGUGAAAUGACAGAUAGUAAACUUUCAACAUUUAUCAAAA